AUGGGCCAAGCUUAUUCCCUGACGACGCCAUACGCUGGCUCUGCGGGCAUCGACGUCCCUGAGCUAUCGGAUCUGGUACACGAGAGGUCCCUUGGCGAUGCCCGCUUCAUGAAGACCAUUCGCGCCCGCAGUUACGAUGGGCUUGUUCUUGCGAAAGUAACAGUCAAACCGCACACACCCAUGUCUUUGAAGCCCUACGGCGUCAAGAUACUGCAGGAGCGGGAUAAGCUGCGGGACGUACCGAAUGCCCUGGGCUUCGAGCGCGCCUUUGAGACCGAAACGAAUGCCUACCUCAUACGACAGUUCAUGUACAGCUCGCUGUAUGACCGACUGUCUACGAGACCAUUCCUCGAGGACAUGGAGAAGAGAUGGGUCGCAUUCCAGCUGUUGUGCGCCCUCCGAGACUGUCAUGCCCGGGACAUAUACCAUGGAGAUAUCAAGACGGAGAACAUCCUGGUUACCUCUUGGAACUGGGUGUAUCUCACCGAUUUCACAUCAUCUUUCAAGCCGACCCAUCUACCCGACAACAACCCUGCACUAUACUCGUACUUCUUCGACCUCUCCGGCCGAAGGACAUGCUAUAUCGCGCCCGAGCGAUUUCUCGCCCCCGGCGAAGAGGCAAAGGAGAACGAUAAGAUCACCUGGGCCAUGGACAUAUUCAGUGCUGGGUGCGCCAUAGCCGAGUUGGUUCUUGAAGCACCGAUUUUCAGUCUCAGCCAACUGUACAAGUUCCGUCGCGGCGAGUAUGAUCCCGUCAUCUCUCAUCUGAGCCGAAUACCAGACCAGAACCUGAGAGAAAUGCUGUCAAGUAUGGUUGCCCUAGAUCCGGAGAAGCGCUACUCCGCGGAACAGUAUCUCGACAUCUUCAAGGGCAAGGUGUUCCCAGAGUACUUCUACACAUUUCUCCACCAGUAUAUGGAGCUGCUCACAGAUACUUCUUCGGGCCGAGCACCUGUUUCAGGGGCUGCAAGAAAUCUGGGCGAGGCCGAUGACAGAAUAGAUAGGGUGUUUUACGACUUCGACAAGAUUGCUUACUUUCUGGGUUACAACGACGGGAAGAAGCAGUCGGAAGUGACACCAUUUACUCCCUGCCUAGGCCUGGGCCUAUUUCCGGUGAGGCUCAAUAUUCCCAACAACGAACACUAUGUCUCUGUCACAGCUCAACCCGCUGCGGAUGAUGGUACUUUGAUAUUUUUGUCUCUGAUUGCGGCUUCUCUACGAAAUACCGCUCGGGCAGCCUCAAAAGUGCGUGCAUGCGAUGUACUGUUAGCAUUCUCGGAAAGGUUGACGGACGAGGCCAAAUUGGACCGAGUUCUCCCAUACUUGAUGAUGCUGCUCAACGAUGAUGUUGAUGUGGUAGCGAUUGCGGCACUACGCUCAGUGACCCAGCUCCUGGCCAUGGUCACCGCAGUUACUCCUGUCAAUGCUCAUGUAUUCCCCGAAUACAUCAUGCCACGAAUGCAGGUAUUCUUGGCUGGUGCGUCACGACAGUUGGUCAUGGGUAAAGAGCGCAGAGAGCCGACGGCACUGGUAAGAGCUACUUACGCCUCUUGCUUAGGCAGCUUAGCAAGUACAGCGAGUCGUUUCUUAGAUAUGACUGCAAUUCUAAGGGCCGAAGGAUCCAUAGCCACGGCAGACCCCGAGAUCGAAGCUGGAAGCGAUGCAGAAGCUGCUUUCGACAACUUGUUCGACAAUGCUCAACGAGAGUUGGUAGAGCUGUUCGAAAACCAUGCAAAGGCUAUGGUAGAGGACUCGGACGCAUCAGUGCGGCGAGCUUUUUUGAGCUCUGUUCCGGAGCUUUGCAUGUUCUUCGGCAGUGCAGAAUCGAAUGAUAUCCUUUUGACCCAUCUUAACACGUAUCUCAAUGAUCGGGACUGGAUGCUGAAAUGUGCUUUUUUCGACACAGUUGUUGGCAUUGCCGCGUUUCUCGGAAGCACAAGUCUGGAAGAAUUCAAUCUACCAUUGAUGGUGCAGGCAUUGACAGAUCCAGAAGAGCACGUAGUGCAAGCCGCAUUACACUCUUUGGCCGAACUCGCGAAUCUGGGUCUUCUGUCCAAGACAAAAACAUGGGAACUGAUUGACGUCGUGGGCCGCUUUACCAUGCACCCGAAUAUAUGGAUUCGAGAGUCAGCCGCAGAAUUCCUCUCCAACGCCACGAAGCUUCACUCAUCCGCAGACAUCAGAUGUGUCAUAUACCCGCAGAUCAGGCCCUUCUUGAAGGAUGCCGUUAUCCCCGACUUCACCGAGCUAGAUCUCCUUGAUGCCUUACAGAGACCACUGUCUCGAACAGUGUACGAUCAAGCCCUGGUAUGGGCACAAAAGGCCGACAAAAGUUUAUUCUGGAAAGCAGUGCAAAAGCAAAAACAAUCAACUUUCACAAUCACCUCAAUGGGGAUGGCUAGGUCAUCACGAGAGCCGCAGUCAUUAGCUUUGAGUAAGACGUCCAAGAGUGAAGAAGACGAACAGUGGAUAUCGCGGUUACGUAACUAUGGGUUGAGUCAAAACGACGACUUCAAGCUUUUAGUACUGAGAGAAUUCAUAUGGCGGUUGAGUCGGAUGCGAGAUCGAGAACCAGUGCUCCCAGAAGGAGGUACAGGCCUCGCCCCAAUUUUGCUUCUACGAAACAUCAUGGACAAACUCCAGGUGCAAACAAUCAUGUUUGAUGAGACCGCAACACCUCUAGAUCCGAAAUACGGUUCGUCAGACCAAAAUAAGGGCCCGUAUACGAUUGCUGAUGCUCUAAUGGACGCAUCAAUGACUAUUGAUGAGCCGAUGUCUCGCAGACGAAUCGCUGCAUUUAACACGCAUCGUUCAAGGCUUAGUACCGGCGAUGCCAUAUCUCCUCGCGCGUCCGUUUCUCCAGGCCCUGCAUCUCCGAACGAUGCAGACUUCAGGCGUUCUAGCUCCCUGGCUCGCGGACGUCAGGACAACCGCGAUGAAAGCGCGAACCAAACACAAAGACCUUAUUCUGCCAGGCGGGCUGUUCAACACCAAUCCAGUGCACUCGACUUGCUAAGGAAGGACAGCAACAGGUCCGCAGCAGAGACCGGCACGACUGAAACUAAUGCUUUCGGUCUGGUCGGAGGACCUUUCAUGCAAAAUGCACCCAAGAUCGCGUUACCUGGCACAGCCGAAGAGAACAUUGAUUUGACUACUCAAGAGGAUAAAAGCUACCGACAAAAGGCCUCACAUACUUACGAGGGUAAUGAUCCGAGCAUUCUUAAAAUGCUGGAUAGUAUGUUUAUUGACAAUUACCCGCAUGAUAUUGCCGAGUUCGGCCCUCUGGUGGCGCCGGUAUCCAGGAAAACCAACAAGAAUGCUGCUCAAGCUCCAGCCGAGGCAUGGCGACCAAGCGGUAGGCUGGUUGCAACUUUCGCGGAACACACUGGUGCAAUCAAUCGUGUUGUCCCCUCUCCGGAUCAUAUGUUCUUUAUUACAGGAGGCGAUGAUGGCUCAGUCAAGGUUUGGGACUCGGGCAGGCUCGAGCGAAAUGUCUCUCACCGUGCACGUCAAACCCACAAGCAUGCUCUUGGAGCAAGAGUCAUCGCCUUAUGUUUUAUCGAGAACACGCAUUGUUUCAUCAGUUGUGCAACUGACGGUUCAGUACACAUUGUCAAAGUGGACAUCAUCAUGUCAAGCAAUGGCACGCCGAAGUAUGUGCGAUUGAGACUGCUCCGCGAAUACCAAUUACCUGCAGACGAAUACGCCGUAUGGUGCGCGCACUUCAAGCUUGACCUACCCUCCGUUCUGCUUCUCGCCACAAACCGAUCUCGUAUUUUAGCUAUCGAUCUAAGGACGAUGACGCUGCUUUAUACACUGGAGAACCCAGUUCACCAUGGUUUCCCCACCUGUUUUGUUGUCGAUCGUAAGCGUUAUUGGCUCUUGCUAGGUACAUCACAUGGUGUCCUGAAUUUGUGGGAUCUCCGAUUCAAGCUCAGACUGAAGAGUUGGGGUGUUCCUGGGAAGUCACCCAUCCACCGUUUAGCAUUGCAUCCGAGUAAAGGCCGCGGCAAGUGGGUGUGCGUGGCAGGCGGUACAGGCCUGCCUGAAAUCACUGUCUGGGACAUUGAAAAGACACAAUGCCGUGAGAUCUACCGCACAGCUGGUACAUCAAAAGACGGCCCUAGGGAGUACAAAGCGUGGGACGUCGACGAGGACAAGCCUGAAGGCAUGCUUAGUCGCUUUGCUACUAGCAUAGAACCUUCCUCACAAAACACCGUCGACCGCUGCAUUAAGGCUAUGGCAGUGGGUGCAGGAACAACAGGUGACCAUGACCGCGACGUUCGCAACGGCUACAUCAUCACUGGUGGAGCAGAAAAGAAGCUGCGCUUCUGGGAUCUUAAUAGGAUCGAGCAGAGUAGCGUCUUCAGUGGCUUGGUACCAAAAGAUGAUGCGAGCUCCAGCAAACCUGUUUUCGUCGCACAUACCUCACCUAGCAAUCCUAACCUGACAAUAAAUAUGGAGCGGCUACCCAAGUCCUCUUCAGCCGAUGCCGAUCAAGCAUCAGGCAAAAACGGUGAGCCUUCCUCAACAUCGACAAAGAAGAGGGAUAAACCACCCCGGCACACAGUCAUAUCGGCGGAGCAAGGCAGGUUGCUUAGGAGCCAUCUGGACACUAUUCUUGACGUAGCGGUGCUGGAGAACCCGUACACGAUGACCAUAUCUGUUGACCGCUCCGGCGUCAUCUUCGUGUUCCAAUAG